AAUCGGAGGGCAGAUUCUUCAGCACCCUUAUAUAGAGACUGUUAAAGCACCUUGUUCAACAGCCGACUUCAGGAAUUAAGAUUAAAAAAAGGGGGGAAAAAAAAAAAAAAGGCCUCAACACCGAAAGCCGGGUGUUGGAACCAGUUAGCUCAAGUCCCUACCCGGACUUUUUUCUUUUUCCGGUCUCAGGAAGUGGCGGAGCUGUUUCACUCCACUCCCCGGAAGCGCGCUUCCCACGAGUUUCUGCACUUCUUUUCACUCGGCUUUGCCUGCCUGUUCCCGCGCGAAUCCGCCGGCGAGUGAUGACAUGCAUCUCAUCUCGCCCAGCUCCUCCAGUUAGCUAUAAAAAUACAUGAAUCAGAACUGCUUGACAUCUUCCUGAAGAUUUUUAGUGGAGGCCAGUAUGUUUCACAUCAUUCAGAGCUUUUCUCGAGCAUCUUCAAAGAUGCUGAGACUAGGAGCCAGCAAAAUGGGUACCCUUUCUUUCAAGAUUGCUCUCCAGCAGAAGCUUUCCCCUUUGUUUCCAAGGCCUCAGCUUUUCCAAUCAUUUCCAGGGUGUUUGAGCAAGAACCAAUGCUAUCAUACAUCACCAUGCAGCUUUAAGAAGAAGGAGAAGCAAACAGUGGCCAAGCCACCAAGCACUAUUACUUACCUGACAGAUAGCCCAAAGCCAGCAUUAUAUCUAACUCUGGCAGGACUAAUUCCCUUGGUUGCUCCACCAGUGGUCAUGGUCAUGACAAAGACCUAUAUUCCUGGAUUAGCUUUUUCUCAGAUGGUUUAUGGUGCCAGUUUCUUAUCUUUCUUGGGAGGAAUCAGAUGGGGCUUUUCCUUACCAGAAGGUAGUCCAGCCAAACCAGACUACCUUAAUUUGGCUAGUAGUUUAAUUCCUGUUGUGUUUUCAUGGUUUGCUUUCCUUAUUUCUGAAGGACUGGGAGAGGCCAUAGUCACAAUUGUAAUUGGUUUGGGAAUAGCAUUACAUGUUGAAGUUUUUAUCUUGCCACAGUAUCCCAAUUGGUUCAAAGCCUGCAGGAUAGUAAUCACUUUAGUGGCAUUUUUUUCAUAUGUAGCCACUUUAGUGGUUCAGAAUAUUUAUCCAGAGAAGGAACACAAGAGUCUUCAUUAAGUAGAAUAAAUGUAAAAUUACUUUGUUGAUAACAUUAGCCUGUGGGCUACUAGCCUUGUAAAAUUGCAGUUUAACAUCACCUUUUUCUAACUCCCUUGUUUGGAUUAUUUUAUUUCCUAGCAAAAGUAACUUAUUUGUUAUAGGUUUUUCAUUUAUUUGUUAUUUUCUUUGAUUGGUCAUGGGGCUUGAAUUCAGGGCCUGGGUGCUUGUCCCUAAGCUCUUU